AAAAAAACAAAAAAUAAAAAGAAAAUAAAGAAGAAAAUAUACGGCUAUACGCAAAUGCGGCGACUGUUCCGCAAUGCUCAACGUUGACAUAGACGACGCUGUCGGGAAGCAACCACAAGCCUCAGCGGAACCACAACCGCUACAAGACGCCAAUUCCUCUUCCAUUCCUUCCACCGCCGUAGGCAACCCGGCAUCCGCCGCGGCGGAACCGCCGCGGCCUUCACUUGCCUCGGCGGAGCCAUCGCCGUUAUCUGCAGCUGCAUCUGCAGAGCCAGCACAGCGACCUGCCUCAACAGUCAUGGUUCCUUCUAGGGAUUCCAAUGCUCUUUUCAGCGGUGGUGGUAUUAGCUUUCUUACUGGAAACCGGAAUGCAAGAUUCAGCUAUGGGUAUGCUAGUUUUAAGGGGAAACGAGCUUCAAUGGAGGAUUUCUAUGAGACAACAAUAUCUGAAGUUGGUGGUCAAAUGGUUGCCUUUUUUGGUGUUUUUGAUGGUCAUGGUGGUUCCAGAACUGCAGAAUACCUUAAGAACAACCUCUUUAAAAACUUAAGUAGCCAUCCAGAUUUUAUUAAUGAUACAAAGUCAGCUAUAGUUGAGUCAUUUAAACAGACUGAUGAUGAUUACCUUAAUGAAGAAAAAGGCCAGCAAAAAGAUGCUGGUUCAACUGCAUCAACUGCUGUUCUUCUGGGGGAUCGAUUGCUUGUUGCAAAUGUUGGGGACUCCAGAGUUGUUGCUUGUAGAAAUGGUUCAGCUAUUCCCUUGUCCAUUGAUCACAAGCCUGACAGAUCCGAUGAGCGUGAAAGGAUAGAACAAGCAGGAGGUUUUAUAAUUUGGGCAGGUACCUGGCGUGUUGGUGGUGUUCUUGCCGUUUCUCGUGCAUUUGGAGAUAAACUUCUAAAACCAUAUGUUGUAGCUGAGCCUGAGAUUAAGGAAGAAGAAAUUGAAGGUGUUGAUUUUAUAAUCAUUGCCAGUGACGGGCUUUGGAAUGUCUUGUCAAAUAAGGAAGCUGUAGCAAUUGUGGAUGAGAUAAAAGACGCAGAAGCAGCAUCUCGGAAACUUAUAGAGGAAGCUUUUGGAAGAGGAAGCACCGACAAUAUUACUUGCGUCGUUGUACGGUUUGAGAAUCCAUGAAUGCACCCCGCUAAAGGUUAAGGAUCGAAAAAUGGAGGAUGUUGUGCUCACUUGUUAAACCAUCCUUUUGGCAAAUGCUCAAUUAUUGAAUUAAUCAGUGAUUGGUAUUUUAAGUAUUUGGAGAAAUCUGUAAUUUAUAUGUGAUGCAUGUUUUAACCUUGAUAAUUGAAUGCAUUUAAAUGUGAGCCUAAAAUAGGUUGAGUUGAAUUUGCCUUGCCUAUUU